UUCCGUGUCAACAGGCCACAACACAGCCAGUAUACCUAACUAGAAUUGUGUAUAUUAUAUGUAUGUGUUUUCCUGUAAAACCUCUUGCUUGUUAGUAGGUCCAACACAAGGGAAUGGAUUCAGGACUAACAUUCGAUCACGCUGAAGGAUGUCAGGCCAUUGAUGGGACAGCGGGGAAAAAGAAUGACCAAGGUAAUUAUGAAUGCGAGGUCCUGCUAGAAGGCGCAGAAAGCGGCAAACUGUGGGAAACGUGUGUGAAAAAUCCCGGUCACGUGGCUUUUAUCCCCGCCCAGCAGUUCUCACUGGAGCACCUCCCCGGGGAUUACCAGGACACGGAGCUGCUGGACUUUGUCCACAAGUUUGCCGACAGGGCCGUUAGACUGGUGGUCAACUACACCAGCAUGGCCCGCCCCGAUGGUUUUAUUUUCUCAAACCACAGGGGCACCACCACCCCUCACACCGGAAGUGGAUUUAUGACCUGUCGUAUUUGGCCUACCGUGAAUGAAGAUGAAAAACAAAAAUCGGAAAACAAAUCUGAUUCUGAUAACGAUAGUGGAGACGACGACGAUUUUGAAAUAAUCGAAUCCUUUGACUUAAACCAACUCUGCCCUUGUCCAGAGUGUAGUGAAUCUGACGAUCCCAACUACGGGUGGGGCUAUGUUUACGUCGAGACCUCUAGGCACGUCGUGUUCGAUGACGAAGAAGCAAAGAACACGGUUAUAUACUACAACUACACGGAUGAAUUUGAGUUUCAAAAGCUGUACGGGAUUAAAAUCUCAUGGAGCGUCGAGACAAAAGACUGGUGUACUUUAGAGUGUGUGACCCACGAUAGAGAACUCUACGCUAAACUUUACAACUCGCAGCAGCAAAUUGAUGACCAGUAUCUUGAAAUUAACGAGAAAUACUGGCAAAGUCCGUCACGAUUGGCUAUUAUUUUUAGCCACCCGCACGGCUACGCUAAGCGGAUUACAGUUGGUCAAUGGGUCGAGCGACGUGUCACGUUCACUGAUCACUUGAAUGGGGACAUUGAAACGACGUACACAUACAACAACGCCACCUGCAGUGGAUCGAGUGGAGCCCCUGUUCUCAUCUUCGGCAAGAGGGGCGAUGACGACAACAAAGUUUGGUGGCAGGGGCAUUUUCAUGCCCACGGUGGCUGGAUGGAUAAGGACACAAACUUCAGUGGGAUAUCAGAUGAGAGAAUAGUCGAGUUAGAGGACUAGAUAGGCAUAUGGUUAGUGGCUGGAUGGACAAAUUUUAAUGGGAUAUUAGAUGAGAGAAUUGUUGAGUUAGAGGUCUAGGUAGGACUGUGGUCAAUGGCUGGAUAGACACAUUUUAAUGGGAUAUCAGAUGAGAGAAUUGUUGAGUUAGAGGACUAGGUAGGACUUUGGUCAAUGGCUGGAUGGACAAAUUUUAAUGGGAUAUUAGAUGAGAGAAUUGUUGAGUUAGAGGACUAGUUAGGCCUAUGGUCAGUGGCUGGAUAGACAAGGACACAAGCUUCAGUGGGAUAUCAGAUGAGAGAAUUGUCGAGUUGGAGUUCUAGAUAGGACUUUGGUUGGUUGUUGGACACAGUUCAGAAGUUGAGCUAAUUAAUGUAAUUAAUUGAAAUAUUAAUUUAAACUAUGCUAAAAUUUGAUUUUUUUGUUAGAAAUCUCACUGUAGAACAGGUUUUUAGGAAAUCUAUCAAUAACAAAGUAAAGCUUGUAACAAAGUGGUUUAACAAAGUCUUCCAACAUAGUCUACCUGUUUUGAUCUAGAGUUUAAAAGUGUGAAUGGCUCACCUGCUAAAAAUACAGGUAGAGAAUACCUAUCAGCCACGGUGUAAAAAUUUUCAAACUCUCACGUGCAAGGCGAGCUGCAUUCUUCAUUUAUCAAAGGACGCGCUCACUAGCAGGUAAACAAUCUGUUCAAUGGGGAGUCACGAUCGUGACGUUGAUCAACUCUAUAGUCUAAACUCGCAUCUUUAGGCUCAGCGCUAAAUGGUACCUGGUAUAAACUCGCAUCUUUAGGCUCAGCUCAGCGCUAAAGGGUACCUGGUAUAAACUUGCAUCUUUAGGCUCAGCUCAGCGCUAAAGGGUACCUGGUAUAAAAUUGCAUCAUUAGGCUCAGCUCAGCGCUAAAGGGUACCUGGUAUAAUCGGCGUCAGGUCGAGUUAAAGGAGAGAUAUGACGACCGGCUGGCCAUGUGUUUUAGUUUUGUGCUGUGUAUAGAAACAGAUGAACUCUAUUUCAUCUUUCUCUCAGCAUGUUAUUAAAUACUUUAAUGUUUAAGAGUUUUAAGUAACAAUUCGAUUUACAAUUUAAAAAACAAAACAAAAAGCUUGUUAUGAUUAAA